AUGCAGUGUCAGCACUGUAAAGUUAAAAGCGUAUUUUACAAAAACUAUGUUCAGUUAUCUGCGGUGGGUAUAGCCGCCAGAAGAGUGUCAGCUCGGAAUGUGGCACGUUCGACGAGAAGCAAUGCAAUUAAAACAAAUCGUUCGUCGACAAGUCACCAUGCAUCAGUGAACAAAUACGUUAAUCGACGUACUUCUCUGUUCAAAUCGAAUCGUCCAGUUAAAGCACCCUCUUCCAGAGCCACGAUUCGAACACAUGAUUCUAUUUGGGAUUCUGAAGGACGCCUAAUCCAGUUGGGUGAUAUUGUUUCAAUAGUUGACGAUGAGGAUGGUCUGCCGUAUUUUGCACAAAUCCGUGGUAUCAUCACCGAUACACACGGUGACCAAUGUGUUGUUCUGAACUGGCUUAUACCAACGGAUACCGCAUUUGAUGCACAUCAGUUCGACGCUCAACACUUUGCACACGCUAUUUCAGACGAUAACUUAUAUCCUCUCGAGGUGUGUACAUUCAUACAAACGGCACCUGAUUUAUUGGCAUAUCGACGCGAGUGGACACCGAGGUUAUGUGCUGAGGAGCAGUUGAGAAGGGAAAUGCAUGAUCGUCUGGCGAAUCUGAAAUCGGUGGCGUGUGAACGUUUACGAUUCAUCGACGGAUAG